UCUAGACGAACACACGUUCGCAUCGCCGCGACGACAGAGCAUGGAAACGGACAAUGACAACUCGGAAUAGCCAAGCCGUUGACUUUGGACGAUAACGGUUGGCAUCCCGGCAGCAACGAGUGCAAACCGCUACUCCGUCUAUCGAAGCAUCGGCCUCGCUGUCGCCUGUGAUACACCGGGUCAUCGUUUAUUGUCGCCCACAUGGCUUCUGGAAUCCUCGUCAUUCUUUUGCGGUAAAGCCGUUGCUGCGAUUGCGAUUGCUUGAGGCAAGCUUUGAAGUCGAAGCCUAUCGAUCAGGGGGUCUCUCUUGCCGAGCGACAAUGUGCCGGAUGAUUUCAACAGCGAAACACAUGUCGCAUUGAAGAAAGGAAGAUUGCGACAAGCGGACAAAGAAAGAGGAGUCAAGUAAUGGUCAAGAGCAAGGAGUUUAGGUUUGGAUGUGGAAUGCAGUCUACAGGAUACUCCAAAGCCGAGGCAAUGCAUCUAGAGCCAUCUAGGUCAGGAGGAGACAAUACACGACAUGCAAAAAAGCACCAUGUUCGGCAUCACCUUGCCGAAAUGCUCAUUGCUAAGCAGGCAUUGCAAGCAUUGACGCUCACACCACGUAAGUCGCAUGAUUGCUUGAUUUACUUGCGAGUCUCGCUUGACAAUCGAUUGCGCAAAACGACUGUCGCUUGGUCUUGUGAUUUUUCUUGUUCAUGCUUUCUAUUCACGUUGUUUCUCCCUAUACGCGUCAGAGCGCAUAAAGAAAAAUACUCCUUGCAGCAGUAUCGCGCAACGGUUGCACAGCAUACGACCGUUGAAACUUCUGACCGGGUCUUGCUCCUGAGAACACCACAUCCACCCCUUUUGAAACACGCCUCUUUUUUGCCAUUGUUUCUUUUGAUCAACGAAACAUGUAUCAGAAGAACUGGAUGGGUGAAUAAUUGAUUCUGAAUUGUCUUGGGAUGGGGAGGUUUUUGGAAAAUGACUGGACGUCAAUGCAAAAGCCGCAGUAACGGCUUCGUUGGUCACGGCUUUUAUCUUUCUCCCUCUGACAACCAUCGUUUGCGUAUUGGGAAAGCCGUUUUACACUUGACCCUUUAACGUGCCU